ACAAGUGUCUCGGACAUGUUAAAGGGGCUUGCAUUUGGACCGAUAACACAAGUAAUGUCAUAUUCAAGAUAUGUUGUAAAUGGAAGGCGUUUUUGUACAAGAGCAAGUGAGAAGACUACACAAGACAGUGGUGUUUAUCUUGAAGCUGAAACAUCGGUCAAUGGCGCCGAAGAGAUUAAAAAGGUUUUAUACUAUGGGGUGAUUCAAGAGAUUCUAGUGAUGGACUAUUACACGUUUCGGGUCCCCAUAUUUAAAUGUGAUUGGGCAAAUACUAGUAAUGGCAUUAAAGUUGAUGAUGGAUUUACUUUGGUCAACCUGCAUCGUCUAAAUCAAUUUCAAAAUGAUCCAUUUAUUCUCGCUUCACAGGCCAAACAAGUAUUUUAUUCAAGAGAGAGUGAAACGUCUGAUUGGUGAUGAAGAUGAAGGUUAUGUUCGGG